AUGAAGGUGGAACGCCGAGGUCCCCCCACGGACGCAGAUAAAAUCCACGAUGAAGUGAAGAGGCUGGUCAUGCUCUGUACCUGCAGGCAGAAGUUUAGGGUGUUCCAGGUCGGAGAAGGCAAAUAUAGGUUUGGUGACUCGCAAAAACUCCGUCUGGUUCGGAUCCUACGGUCUACUGUGAUGGUUCGAGUUGGCGGUGGCUGGGUGGCCUUAGACGAAUUCCUGGUCAAAAAUGACCCAUGCAGAGGUACGUACUAUACUAACGAAAGUUUGUUUGGUUACUGUGUUAAGAUUACUCGAAUCAAAAAUACUUCGAGAAUAUAA